AGACAGGGGGUGAGUUCUCUCCUCAGCAGAUAUAAGGUCUUGGUCCCAUAACUUCUCACGGAGUACAUCGUCUUUACAGAGGAGACACAGCUCAACAUACAAACUGAUAUACUGAUAUUUCCAUCAAAAUGUGGUCAUCCCUGGCAGUGCUCCUCACAGCCUCCUGUGUCUGUCUGGCUCAGGUCAGAAUCAAAAUCAAAACCCAAGAAUCACAUGCAAUUGAUGAGAUCUCAGGCGAUUCAGACCUGCGCUUCAGGCGUAUGGUUGGGGGCACUCUGGCCCCUCAUGUCCCCUGGCAGGCCAUGGUCUACCUGAGUGAAAACGUCAUGAARGGGGGCUUCGCUGGGGGAGCUCUAAUCUCUGACCGCUGGGUCCUGACCGCUGGCAGGAACUUGUUUGUCAGGAAGAGUAGGCAGGACACCAAGGGGAAAGAACCAAUCAUCCCCAAGGUGUACCUAGGCAUCACGCGACGCUCCCAAGCCAAUGCCUCCAAAGAAGUUGCUGUAGAAAAGGUGGUUCUGCACCCAGGCUUCCAGAACGUGUCAGACUGGGACAACAACCUGGCUCUGAUUCAGCUGAAGGAGCCAUUCACACUGAGCGAGGAUGUGAUGCCCAUCCCUCUGCCUGAGAGGGGUGAGGACCUGGCUGAGGCAGCCCAGGAGAAAGGCAUCAUCACAGGCUGGGGCUGGGGGGUCCACUUCACCCCCGCUGAGUCACUGAAACACCUGGUGUUGCCUGUGGRAUCGCARYGCURCUGUAAGGCAGAGUACKACCGCGGUGGCCAAGUGCUGAGCGGGACUCCAACCAUAGACGACAACAUGUUCUGUACUGGAGCCAGCAAGUACCAGGAGAAUGUGUGCUUUGGGGAUGCAGGCGGUGCCCUGGCAGUUCAGGACCCCAAAGACGGCAGAGUGUAUGCUGUAGGGAUCCUGUCCUUCGAUAAGYCCUGUGCCYMGGAGAAAUACGCUGUCUACAUGAAGCUCUCUGCCUACAUGCCUUGGAUCAACAGUGUCCUCAGGGGCGACAGUGAGACAUCAGCCAGUCUCCGCUCCAGUGUAAUGUCUGAGAUGUAUUCGAGGCAGUUGUAGCCUCCACUCAGCACAGUUUCAGAUAUGAGAGCCGGGGCUCAUAAUCUCCAUUAUGCCUUUGCAAACAAAGUCAUUUUCUGCCUUGAUCUUGUAAAACUCUCUCAAGUUAUGACUUUCUUUGAGUGUGUGUCCCCGCCUGAUUGAGUAUGUCUUCCGAUGUUGAUUUCAAAGGAUUUUCAAUAAAUUCAUCUCUCUUAAGAA